AUGAAGUCCUCGAUUUUGCCUAUCCGAGUCUUGACGCACAACAUCCGAUAUGCAACUUCAGCCCCAUUCGAAGGCGAACGGCCCUGGGCCGAACGCAAGCAGUUACUGUCGAAUGAGUUUGAAUAUGAAACUCGUCAUUGUGGAGAAUCCUUCAUCUGUUUACAGGAGGUUCUUCACAACCAGAUCGGUGAUAUUCUGGCUGGACUGAAUCAGAACGCAGAGUCCGGGGCACCGGAAUGGAAGUAUAUCGGCGUUGGUAGAGACGAUGGCAACGAGGCUGGGGAGUACUCCCCUAUCUUCUACCGACCAUCAAUCUGGGAGCUGCUACACUGGGAGACAGUGUGGCUCUCCGAGACACCCGACAAGCCAUCCAAGAGUUGGGACGCAGCUUCCAUCCGCAUUGUCACCAUUGGUGUCUUCACCCACAGAGCCAGCGAGAACACAGUCCUUGCCAUGAACACCCAUCUCGACAAUCAGGGAUCUCGCUCUCGUCUCGAAGCUGCCCGUAUCAUUGCAGGGAAAAUUUCAGAAUACAGCCAGAACAAAUUCGGGGAGCUAAUCUCGGGCACUUUCUUGGCCGGCGAUUUUAACAGCGAAGAGAACCAGGAAGCUUACCAAGAGCUGACGAAGAGCUUGCUUGAUGCAUAUAAGGAAGUUAAAAGCUCAAGGCGUUAUGGCAACUACAUCACUUGGACCGGAUUUGGGAACGAAACCGAGCCAGCCUCACGUAUUGACUAUCUUUUGGUGAGACCUGUCGGGGCUCAAGGCCAGAGAUUGAAAGUCAUUGGGUAUGCAGCGCUGGGCAAUCGAUUUGACGAUGGCGUUUUGUGCUCGGAUCACCGUGCUGUGAUUGUGGAUUUGAUAUUGUCCAGGUGA